AUGUUUCUCGACCUCCUUGAACCCUUGGAGCUUCUGUAUCAAGUGCUUUUUGUUUCCAAGAGCAAUUGCUUCAUCUUGAACGAGCAUCCUUCUAUCCGACUCGACUCUUAUAUACGGCAUUGACGAUAUACUGGAUUGCGUUUUGCAGCUGCAAUCGACCCACUGCAUACCGUACCUUCCACCUCGCAAUCUACUGUCACGCAUCCAAUCAUGGCUCUUAUGGAGGCUAAGGUCAAGAGCGUGCUCUCUGGCGACACUCUCGUCCUGCACAACAUCAAGAACCCUUCUCAAGAACGCACCCUGAGCUUGGCCUUUGUCAGUGCUCCUAGGAUACGCAGAGAAGGUGAUGAGCCCGGUGCCUUCGAGUCCAGAGACUUCGUCCGCAAGCUCUGUGUCGGCAAGGUUGUGAGAUUCAGUGUUCUUUACAAUGUUCCUACGCCUUCACCUCGCGAUUACGGUGUCAUCAUCCUGCAAAGCGGCAAGCACCUUCUCGAUCUCGUCGUUCGUGAAGGUCUGGUCAAGCUGAGAGAUGACGCUGGCAAAAAGGAGGAUACACCACAGGGCACAGAGUUGCUCGAGAGAUUGCAAGCUCUCGAGAGCCAUGCCAAGGUCGACGAGAAGGGCCUCUGGAACCCCAACCCACAACGUAUCGAUAACGUCCACGACUUGUCAGACCCAAGAGCCUUCUCCGAAGCUUACAAGGGUCAGCCCAUUGACGCCAUCGUCGAGCGUGUCCUGAGUGCAGACCGUCUCAUCUGUCGCCUGUUGGUCCAGCCCACCAAGCACACGCAAACCAUUGUCUUGCUUGCCGGCGUACGCGCCCCUGCCACCAAACGAAUCAACCCAUCCGAUCAAUCAGAGCAACCCGCAGAGCCUUUUGGUACCGAAGCACACCGCUUCGUCGAGGAGAGACUACUGCAACGCGGUGUCCAGGUCCGCAUUCUCGGCGUCUCACCCAACAACCUUCUGGUCGGAGAAGUCAGACAUCCCAUGGGCAGCAUUGCCGAGUUCCUUCUCAAGGCUGGACUUGCCCGCUGCACCGAUCACCACUCGACAUGGCUCGGUCCGGAGAUGGCCAAGUUGAGACAAGCCGAACGUCAUGCCCGCGAUAACAAAUUGGGCCUGUUCGAGGGCCACGUUUCGCAAAGGUCGGCCGGUACAGGCCAGAUCGAAGCCACUGUCAGCCGCGUCUUCUCUGCCGAUACUCUUUACCUUCGCAACAAGGCCGGCGCUGAGAAGCGUGUUAACCUCAGCAGUGUUCGCCAGCCCAAGCCUUCGGAUCCCAAGCAAUCUCCUUUCGGUGCCGAGGCCAAGGAGUUCCUGCGUAAGCGUCUGAUUGGAAAGCACGUCAAGGUCACCAUCGAUGGCAAGAGACCCGCUACCGAAGGCUUCGAUGAACGCGAGAUGGCCACUGUCACUCUCAACGACGAGAACGUGGGUCUUUCGCUCGUUGAACAGGGAUACGCCUCGGUCAUUAGACACCGUAUGGACGACACUGACCGUUCGCCCAUCUACGACGAGCUCCUUGCCGCCGAAGAGGCUGCCCAGACUGCGGGCAAGGGCAUGUGGAACCCUAAGCCUCCCAAGAAGACCGAAUACGUCGACUACAGCGCAUCCGUCGACCAAGCCAAGCGUCAGCUCACCCUCCUGUCUCGCCAAAGAAAGGUACCCGCUGUUGUUGACUUUGUCAAGAGCGGAAGCAGAUUCACUGUUUUGGUGCCUCGUGAGAAUGCCAAACUUACCUUCGUCCUUUCCGGUAUCACCGCACCUCGUUCAGCUCGCAACCCUACCGAGAAGGGCGAGCCCUUUGGUCAGGAGGCACAUGAAUUCGCCAACCGCAGAUGCCAACAACGUGAUGUCGAAAUCGACGUCGAGGGUACCGACAAGGUUGGAGGCUUCAUCGGCCAACUGUACAUCAACCGUGAAAGCUUCGCUAAGCUGCUUGUUGAGGAAGGUCUGGCUUCGGUCCACGCCUACAGCGCAGAGAAGUCGGGCAAUGCCGGCGAGCUCUUCGCUGCUGAGCAAAGAGCCAAGGAGGCCAGACGUGGCAUGUGGCACGACUGGGACCCUUCGAAGGAGAUUGCUGAGGAAGGCGAAGAGUACGACGCUUCUGCUGGUGCUGUUGGCCUGAAUGGUGAUGCUCAAGUCGAGCGCCGCAAGGACUACCGUGAUGUCGUUGUCACUAACAUUGACCCGACCAAUGGACGUAUCAAGAUCCAAGAGAUUGGAACUGGUACCGCAGCCCUGACCGAUCUCAUGAACCUUUUCCGCAACUUCCACAUCUCAUCCUCCGCCAACAAGCCUCUCGAACAAGCCCCCAAGGCCGGCGACUUUGUAUCAGCAAGAUUCAGUGAAGACAAUGAGUGGUACCGCGCCCGCAUCCGCCGCAAUGAUCGCGAAAACAAGACCGCAGAAGUCGUCUUCAUCGACUACGGCAACAGCGAAACAAUCCCCUGGUCGCAGCUCCGCCAACUCGACCAAGGCCGCUUCGGCAUCCAAAAACUCCGCGCUCAAGCCCUCGACGCCGCCUUCUCCUUCCUCCAAUUCCCCACCGCCCCUGAAUACCUCCGCGAAGCCGUCAACAUCAUCAGUGACUCUACUGCCGACCGCCAACUCGUUGCAAACGUCGACUACAUUGACUCUCGCGAGGGUACCCUUUACGUCACACUAUUCGAUCCCAAGCAGAGCGAUAGCUUGAACGAGAGCGUCAACGCUGAUCUCGUCUCUGAAGGUUUCGCCAUGGUCCCCAAGAAGCUCAAGACUUGGGAGCGCGCCGCUGGAGACAUCCUUGCUGAUUUGCAAGAGCGUGAGGCCGAGGCCAAGGAGAACAGACGUGGUCAGUGGGAGUAUGGAGAUCCCACCGAGGAUUAAGCUCCUCUUUCUUCGAACUGUUUCAUCAUCCACCUUGCUUUACUUCUGGUUUGAUGCAUUAGGAUGCUCGGGUCAAAAGGCAUCCCCAGUGUUUUAGUUCUUUUUGAUUAUGAGAAAUAUAGGAUAACUAAAAGGAACAGAGAAGUAAGGCAUAGCACCGUUUUCGUUUUUCAUUCAGACACAUGAUAAGAAAUGACUAAGUUGUCAUGAAUUUGUUUUACUCGAAUGCCUUUAGACCGAUCAAAUGACAUGGGCUUCCAAAUGAAUGUGUUUACUUUUACAU